GUCCCGCACCCUUCACAGCCCUUCCAAGAAAUUGCCCUUUGCGUUGCACGGUGCUCCUGCCAUGGCGGACUUCCAUGGUUUGGACGUGGGGACCUUUCGCCCCAAGGUGGAUGAAUUGUCGGGGCUACGUUUGUUGAAGCAAAGCUUAGACUUCCGAAGCCGAGACUUGCAAGACGGCCGUAAGAGGCUGAGAAACACGCAAGAGCGCCUCGCUAGGGCUUGUGAGGACUUCAAGGCGGAACGUGCCGGCCUUCAAGCAGAGCUGCGCGCCCUGGGCGACAGCGGCAAACCCUUGGGAGAGAGCCUCGCGGCGCAGAAGGCGUUGCUGGAACGUCAAUCGGAGACCCUCACGCACGAGCGCAUGAACGUGGACCUGCUGCGGGAUGAAGUGCAACGGAUGCGGGAGGAGCAACGGAAGACACCGGUUCAAGAGGGUGCUCCUACCAACCUGCGUGCUGCGCGACCGGGAGAACAUCUCUGGGGUUGAGUUGCUGUUUUCACGUCGCGGCUCGUUUCACCUGUACCCAGCCGGUUCGUACGGGAAAAGAGGUGAGAGACGGUAGAAUCAAGGCCGGGAGGUUCCAUCUGGGGGACUUCAGGCCAGGUCAGCCGACGUAGGGGACACUGAGUCUAGAC